GUGCUGGUGCAUUAUGUACCCCGACGAGGAUCUGGAGUGGCACCACCGUGUGUUGCUGCAUCGGGUCGAGGGCGCCCUGUGGCUGGGCCUCACUCCCGACCACGAGAUUGUGAGGGUUGACCUCGGCGUCCUGCGACAUCAUGUGUUGGAUCGGUCCUCGGCUUUUCCCGCCCAGUUCGCGCCGAUGGUGCACGCCUUCGACCCAGUCGACGGGCAGACGCUGCGAGACGCCAAGCGACAGGCCCAGCGACAGGCUGCACUUCUGGGCGGGGGAGAGGUCGAGGACGCCGAGGAGUACGUGUGGUUGUUGGCGAGUGUCGCGGAUGCUCGCUUUGGUGAAGCUGUGCCUGCCGAUGUCAUCGAGGAUGGCGACAGGUGUGUCACGCUCGGCCACCGUGGAGUGUGCAUGAUCGACGGGGAGCCGCGUUUCGUGGAGCGGGUCUCUCGAGGUGAGCGAGACAGUUGGGUGCAGUCAUGCCGAGAGGACGUCGAGGAUAUCCGCGUGCUGGGGGAUCACCGCUCACGAGUGGGCCGUCGGGAUCUAGACUUCAGGGAUGCCGUCGAGCCCAUGAGAGAGGUGACCGUCGAGGACUGGCCCGAUCAGGGGCCACGGGCGUGCCUUGAGUACCUGAAGAGCAUCGCGCUGGGGGCUGGCAACCUGCCCACCUACCAGGCUGAGUGGCAGCGGCUCAGCGGAGUGGCAGAGGGCGGAGCUCAGGGACACGAGCAUCGCUGCCACCUCGAGACGCUGCGGAGGGCGAUCUGCCACGACCAGCUGAAUGUGGUCAACUUGGCGUGCUUCGAGCAUGUCGUGCGGCGGGUCAUCCAGGUCGAGAUGGCCGUGGAAAAGAACCCGCGGCACCCCGACUUCAGCGGGCUGGAGGAUGUGCUGGCUGGACCGCGGUCGGCGAGCGGCUCAGCCCACGUGCCGCGGCACCUCGAACACGUGACCAACCGCCAGAAGGACCGCGCCCAGAUCCUCAAGCAGCAGAGGCUCUACCAGGAGGAGGCGGCGAGGCGGAGGGGCGUGAGGGGCGACGGCAAGGGCGAGUCGGGCGGCGCCUGCGCAGCGGGCCUGGCCGAGUCCGCGUCGGGCGCGCACCGCCGUCCAGGAAUCAGCGAGCUGCCAAAGAAGUAUUGGUGGCCGGACGGCCACUGGCUCCACAAUGAUCCGUUCCAGCUCCCCAUGCAGUACGAGGAGGGGCGGCCGACGGGAGCAGCCAGGAGUGCGCUGGCCCACGUGGUUGCGGGGGUCAACGGCUAUGGCGAGCCUCCUCGUGAAGCGACGGAUGGUGAGUGGCCCCUCCGGGCGAUCCUCAAGUCCGCCGACCAGUAUGAGCUGGGGCCGCGGCACCUGGCGAGCUACGACCCCGACAAGCUGCACAUCGCGUCCGGCGCGUUGCGGCCUGUCCCCGCGUCGGCAUUGCCCCCAGAGGCUGCGGCUGGGUAUUUGAGACACUUCGAGAGCCAGGUGGAGCUGACCGCGCCGGAGCUGGAGGCCCGGCUACACGCCGCGGGAGGGCUCCCGACACCUUACUGGGACCCCGCCCUCCGCGGAGAUCGGUCAGCUCGUCGCGAUUUGUUCCGCCGGCUGGCGGCGGCAGGUGUCGCGGAAUUCCGCAGGGCAAUCAAGAGCCGCUGUGGGGCUUUUUUCGUGCACAAGAAAGAUGGUCGCAUUCGGUUUGUUUGUGAUGCUUGA